GUACAUAGUGCACAUCGAGUAGUGCAAUCUUACAUGCAACAUUUUAAUUCAAUAGUUUUUUCUUCGAUGUAGCUCAUUGACUGAAUAAUUAGUUAAUCCUUAAUUAUGUGUGAGUUACCACGAGAAUUAACUACUAAGCCAUUAGCUCUUAUUGGCUUGACUGGUUUAGACAUUGCAAAUCCUAUACACCGUUCAAUUUGGGAUACAUUCAGUAAUAACCGCAGAUUGGAAAGUUCUGCCAUACAAUUUAAAUUAUUUAGUCCCACACAUGAAUUUCCUACAGUAAAACCCAAGAGAAAUUCAUAUGAAUGGUGUAAACCUAAAGGAAUAUUAAAACGUAAUUGGAUGAAUAAAUACCUUAAUGAAAUUCCAGCAGUUGUUGUUGUAUUUUAUGAUCUAGAUUGGAAUGAUCCACAAUGGAAUGAAAAAAAAAUGGAAUGUGCUUCUAGAGUGCAAUCACUCAGAAAUGCUUUGGAUGGAAGAACUACAAAAAUAACUGUAGUACUUAUACAGCAUUGUGCACAGCCUCCACCAGGUUCUGAAGAUGCUAUUGCAACUGAAAGAGCUACAGCUGUUUGUGGAGCAUGUGAACUACCUCCAAAGUUAUUAUAUGUUUUACCACAUGGAAAUCACUUACAAGGGUAUAUAUCUAGACUGGAAAGUGUAUUAUAUGAUCUAACACAAAGCUUUUAUCACCAUGAGUAUCGUAUUGUUAAAGGGCAUAGAGAUCUACUUAAUAAAACUGUACAGAAAACUGCUCACAAACAUCUAUUUGUACGUCAUCAAUUUAAAAUGGCAUUUUUAAAUGAAUUAAAACAAGAUCAAAAUUUAGCUCAAAAGCAUUAUACACAAGCAUAUAGUAAUUUGUUGGAAAUACAAAUAACAGACACAAAUGUGAUGGAAAUUAAAACCAUUGCUUGCUUUAUAAAUUAUAAAUUAUGUAAAGUAAUGUUCAACUUAAAUGUUCCUAAAGAAGCUGUGUCACAAUUUAGACAUCAUACUGACAGAUUUAAAACAUGGACUGGUCCAAAGGAACUUAUAUUUGAACAUCAUGCUUGGAUGUGCAGUCAAUUUUCUACAUUUGCUGAAUUGUUUAAUGAUGCUAUUCGACAAGGACUUCCUGCUGUUCAAACUCAGCACCCUGGAUAUUAUUUUCAAUCAGCAGCUCAUCAUGCAAGCUUAAGACAAGCAGCUUGCAAAGAACUUUGCCAAAAUGUUACUAGUUACCCAGAACCAGAUCCAUUAGCGGGAGAGGAGAAACUUGAAUUCUAUGGACAACGGCCGUGGCGUCCUGGAAAAUUAAAUGCAGAGUCUGCAGAUCCAGCAAAAGAAGCUAAUGCUAUAAUACAGGCAUUACAGUACAAGGAAAAAUACACAGUUGACCAUUCUAAUAUAAUCAUUGGUCUAUUGGGAAAUGCAAUUUCGCAAUUUAAACUCUACAGAUGUCCAAGAAUGAGGAGAGUAUUAAUUGUACAAAUGGCCGAAGAAUACUAUAAUUCGAAGGAUUAUGGAAAAGUUUUGACAUUAUUGAUGCACAUGUUGUGGGAAUAUCACGGGGAACGGUGGCCCGUCUUAAUCACAAAUAUCUUAAAGAAUGCUUUGCGAGCGGCGUAUCUAUCCAUAAAUAUUCAAGACUACAUCACGUUAGCAUUUGAAGCGUUGGGACCUUCCACCACGUUUUCAGAAGAUUACAAACUCGCUGUUUACAAUAACAUUAUUAAUAUCCUUCAUAAAAGACCACCAAGUCCGGAGCCUGACUUACCCGAUGAUGUGACACAUUCCGCGGUAGAAAAGUGGGUAAUGGGACUUAAUCAGUCAGAACCAAUUGUUUUUACAAUUGAUGAUAAUAAUAUGAGUUCGUUUAUAGAAGUUAAAGCAAGAUUUUUACAACCAACGUAUGCUGUUAACUCUACAGUUAGCGCGGAAAUCAUUAUUAGAAAUUCAUACAAUGGUAGUGUUGAAUUUUCAAAAGUGUCAUUAACUAUUAGUAGUUCAGAAUAUAACUCAGAGUUAAUUGUUACUGAUGCUGAACAUAGCAAUCUUGUUUUUCAUGGAAAUGAAGUAAAAAAAUUUCCUUACGAAUUUCAAGUACCACAACAAAAUGAUAGUAACAAAAUACGCAUUACUACGAUUUCAUUGUAUAUGGGUAGCGAAACAACUUGUAGUAUCAUUUUGAGAUUUUCUUCUGUGGGGAGAGAGACAAAUUUUUUGAGUCGAUUAUAUCCAGAGAUACAACAACUUCGUAGAGGAGAAUUCGAAACAAUACAAUCACUAGUCAAUGCAGAUAUAAAACAAGAAGAAUCUAGUCUAAGUAUAAGUGUAGAAUCAAAUAACCCAGCACUUACAGGAGAAUGGUUUCCCAUUAAAAUAUUUAUCAGCGCUAAUGAAAACGUAUUUUCAGCAUUUUUAAAUGUAUCACUUGUGUCUGAUGGAGUAAAUGAACAAUCAACGGAAUUAAGUUUAACAAUGAACACCAAGCAAUCGGUAAUAUCAAUACCAAUCGAUAAUUUGGAUCAGAACAGUACAAUUCAACAAACUAUGUAUUUAAGAGCUCAUAAAGUUGGUGAUCGAAAUAUUCAUAUGAAGGUAGAUUACUCGAGAUCUGAACAAAUUAAGGGAUCUAAGGAAUUAACAUAUUCAUUAUCAGUUGCAAAGCCAUUUGAAAUAUCAACAUUAUUUUAUACUACACUCUUUGAACCACUAACAAAAGGUUUUAUUAAUGAACCAUUUAUAAUAAUGCCUCAUAUUUCCUGUGUUUCUCCAUGGCCUAUAAGUAUUAUAAAUACUUCUAUAGAAUUGGGUGAUUCAGUAGAAAGAGAAAAUGAAGAUCAGUCAGUAUCUGUUUUAGCUGAUGUUACACUUUCUGAAGGUGAAACCGGUACAGAUGCAUAUUGUUUGAUACCGAAAGUAGGUGGUGAACAGCCUAUUAGUACAGGAGUCUACACCAUAAAAUGGAAACGUGCGAAUGAUGAUAAUGCAUUGGAAACUAGUAGUAGUGUAACUUUAGCCCCUCUGUGGGUUGAAGAUGCAGUAAUUGGCUUAGAAGCCCAAUUACCGGCCCACGGCUGGGUUCGCACACCAUUACUUAUAUCGUAUUUCAUAAGGAACCAUUCCGAUUAUAUGAUUACAUUGCGAUUGACUAUGGAAACCAGUGAUGCCUUUAUGUUUGCUGGGCAAAAACAAGUUGAUAUUUAUAUACUUCCGAAAAAUGAAAGAAAAGUUGAAUGGAUUUUACGGCCAAUAGUAGCAGGUUUUGUACAACUUCCAACAUUAUCUUUAACAGUUCCCAUUGAUGAAGAACAUAAAUUAAGUAAAGCGCGACUUUUGGAGGUAGUAGAACGGUCAAUACCGAGUCAUAUAUAUAUUCUUCCAACUUCACAAACCUUAGAGGAAUAAAUGGGAUAACGAAUACAGAAAGGAA